CGAAUGCAUAUGUGAGUGUAUCGGCAACGGGACCAAGCCUAAGAUCUGUCUAUAAAUACCGAGUAUGUACAUGCCUCCCAUUCAGUCCCACAGAGACGUCGCUAAAUUAAUACACCAGACAGCAACCAACCAAGCAACCACGCACCACUCGGUACUGUCGACACUGUAAAUUGCCGUUUUGACUCGUAUUAGCGUGAAUUUAAGUGCCGGUUUCUUCGUUUUUGAUAAACGAGUGGUAGAUUUUGUGGCGCGUUUCCGUGUAAAAACUUUCUGGAAAAAUCGUACUGGUUUUGCGCUAUCCUAUAGAUAUUUUAUAAUAACAUAGGCAGUAGUGUCGAGUAUCUACCUCAACCGUCGCCGUCGUCCCUGUGAUAGCAACGAACAAUGGACGCGUCCCAGAACGUAGAAGAUAAAGGUGCUCCACCAGUAGACGAAAAGGUCAAACUUGAUGAAGUUCAACCAACUGAAAACAUUGAAUCUGUCGCUGCUGCGACUAACGGCGAAGCAACCCCGGAACAAACCGGAAAACCUGCUGCAGCUGAGGCUAAAGAAGAAGCACCUAAAGCAGUAGAGGAAGCAUCAGAGCCGGAAGAAAUGCCAGCUGAAGAGAAAAGGGAAGAUGAGCCUGUUCUAGAAGCAGCUUCCAAACCAGUUGCUGCUGUCAACGAAGCGACAACUGAAAUUGAAGAGUCUAGUAAAGAGGUGCGUACUGAGGAAGUGCCCCCGCCGUUGCCCUCGUCCAACCCCCCAUCUCCGGUCACAGUUUUUGCCGAGUCUACGAAAGCGGAGGCUGCACUCACUUCUGGUCAAGUUCCUCGUGAGGUUCAAGAACCUGUCGAAUCUUCUGUAUUAGUUCCGGUUGAUACUAAACCACCUAAGACAGAGGAUUUAGAAGUUCUUGAAACUCCCGUUGUUUCUAAACAAAUUUCGGCUGUAGAAACAGUUGCCGAACCAUCACCUCCUGCUCUUCAAGAUUCUGUACCAGAACCACUUCCUCCUAGUCCUCCUUCACCUGUGCCUGAAAAAAUGGAAUCAUUAGCUUGCCUAUCUGGACCGAUAGUAAUAGUUAAGUUACCCAAGCCAAUAGAGACCAAAGAAAUACCCGAUCCUUCACCAUCUAUUGAAGAUUUACCACCGGCACCGCCAUCUCCCAUACCUGAAAAACAUAUUGAUUCAAAACCAGAAUCCGCACCAGCCAUUAUUGAUUCUGUGCCAGUUACUGAGUCGACACCAAAUCUUGACGAGUCUUUACCGGUAGUUGACCUGGAACCUAUUCCAGUCGUUGAACCUUUACCAGUAGUUGAUCCUGAACCUCUACCAAUAACUAAAUCGUCACAAUUGGUUGCCCCUGAACAUGUUCCAAUUGUUGAAUCUUCACCAGUGGUCGAUCCUGAACUUGUAGCAAAUGUCGACUCUCUACCAGUAGUUUACCCUGAACCUGUGCCAAUUAUUGAAUCUUCACCGCUAAUUGAAUCCGAACAUGUUCCAAUUGUCCAAACUGAACCAGAAGACAAUGUCAAACCUGACCCAGUUCACGACUCUAUAAUAGUUGAAGCUUCUCCUGGAGAACCUGAAUUGAUUUCUGAAGCCGCACCAGCAGAAGCAACAAAUGCAGAAUCUGAACCUACCAAGGUCCAGCUUGGAGAAGAAUUAAAAACCAAAAUAGAGAGUGAACUCAACCAAUCUGUAGAUUCUGUUGUUUCAGAGGGCCACGUAGAACCCUCAACCCCUCCUUCAACGCCUGCUGCAAAUUCCGAAAUCCCUGCAACGGAACUUGCAAUACAGUCUGUAAUCCCUGCCUCUUCGUCAUUAGACAUUUCCGAGCCAGUAGUCGCCACAGCAGAUUCGUUGCCUGACAUUUCAACUGAAUCGCUACCAAGCCUCCCCGAACUGUUAUCAGAAAGCCUAGCCCCCAUGUCACUUCCUCCUGUGGAUUCAGUACCUGAACCCAUUGCCCCAUCCUCAGAACCUACAUCACAAGAGGAACCACUUAUCCCUCCUCCUGUCGCGCCUCUUACAAACGGCAACGUAAAUGGACACAGUUCUCCAUCGCCUGUGGAGGAGGAAAACCAAGUAUUAGAAACAGAGGUGCCAGGACCAACGAAACAGGUUGUCUCUGAUCAGGCAAAAGAGAGCGAAAUUAGUCCCGAGGCUGAUGAUAACCCCAGGGAAACAGCACCAGCGGUAGUGCCAGCCGUUGAGGAAUAACCAUGCCUCUAAUAGAAACACUACCCAAUCUACAUAAAUUGAUUUUGAAAAUCAUUCCUCGGCAGUGAUAGUGUGAAAUUUUCGACCAAAAAUAUUUCUAGGUAUCAAAUCCAAAAUCAAAAAUAUCAUGUAACUGUAAUAAAAUGCAAUUAUUCGGCCCUACUAGAAAGUACCAAUAAUAAAAAUAUAGUAAACAAUAAUUAAAAUGUCCACAUCGCGCAAGAAAAUGUAGCAUUUGAAGAAAAUUUUUAAUACUCCCUUUUAUAAAUGUUUUGUAUGUAAUCCUUUAGUAAGGUUUCUCCACAAUUUUUGAACAAUUUUAUAAUAUAAAAAUGUAUGUGUCGACCAAGGAUCCGACUUUUUUUUAUCAAUACAUAUUAUAUUUAGUUGUAUAAUAAAUAAAACAAGUUAGUGUUUAUUACCCAUAGAAGUAACAUGAUGUGCUUCUUUUAUUUAGUAUAUUAUAUUAGCCUGUAAUAUUAAUAAUUUUAUCGUAAUAUUAGCACUUUUUUUUCUUGUAAGUAUGUGUCUUUUAUGUUUGAACCACUAACAAAUCAGCAAUCGGUGAACGCCAAUAAAAUAUUUUAGAAAAUGUUAUUCGCUUUAUCAAAUCGUUGAUUCUUAUUGGAUUAGACCUAUUAUUUUAAUUUUUGUCUUGCUUCAGCUUCAGUUGAACCUAACAUUUUGUGGUCAGUUGAAAAAAAAAACUAACAAAAAUUUGAAUUUUUUUUUUUGCUCAUAUACAUACAUACAUAUACCUAUCUGAAUCGUAAAUUUAUGGAUGUGUAGAAUAGAUAUUGUUUAAGGCUGUCCUUUAAUCUUUAUUUUAUCUAAUAUCUCUAAUCAGCAUCAAAUCAAUUUCUCAUUAUACAGGAUUCAGGUCGUUCAUGUAGAUUCAUUUUUGUUUACAUAGACACAUUUCUACACUCAAAAAAAAAAUCCUUCUGGAGAGAAAUAAUCAUCCUGUAUAAUCCAAUUAUUGGUUUCGAAUUGCUGAUUAUUUAAUAUAUGGAGGCAGCUUCUGACACACUCAUCUUGUCUUUUUUUGGCUGAUGCAAGGACCAAAUGACUGUGUUCAAAAUGUUAUUAAAAAAAUCAAAUUAUGAAAGUUUUAUGUACAGUUGGUCUUUUGUAUAAAUUUGCAACGAAUUUUAUUUGUCUUGGCGCUAAUUAUUCCGAAUCCCUGUUUGAAAAAAAAAUGUUGUUGUGAACAGUUUAUUUAAUUUUUUUUUUGUCAAAUUAUAAUCCACAGCUGUUUGAUAUUUCACAUAUUAAUAAUACUCGAAUGACUUAUCAUUAUGGCUGUGGUAUUUGGUGGUACAUAAAAACCCCCUCUUUCAUGUAAUGUGUGAAUGUGUUUAUGAUAUAAAUAAAUAAUUAGGAUGUUUCCUACAA